ACGCUCGUCCUACUUCUCCUCUUCGCUCGUCCUCUCUCUCUCAGCAAAGCUUCAAGCUUCAGAGCUCUCAAUCAGAUUCUUGAAACGAAGUUUUCUGAUUUCAACUUCUACCUACUUUUUUUUCAUCGCCGGCGCAAAUUUGAGCUUCAAUGGAGUUCAGAAUCAUAAAUUAGGGUUUUGUUUACUUCGAUUCGAACAAAAUGAAAAUGGUGAGAAAUGAAGCUUAGAUUGAUUGGUUAAGUUAUGGGUUGUGUAUUUGGCCGAGAGGCGAGUUCAUCUGAACCUAAGAGCUCUAAAGCAGCAGCUAGUGGAGUAGUAGUAGGAGAGAGUGGUGUUCAAGUGAGUAAGAGUAAUGGAGCUGUUGUUGAAGUAGAGAAGAAGAAUGAUGAGAUUGUUAAAGAGGAGAAUGGUGAUAAAGAGAGGAAAUCGAAAGGAGAGAGGAGAAGGUCGGCAAAGCCGAAUCCACGGUUGAGUAAUCCUUCGAAGCAUUGGCGUGGUGAACAGGUUGCUGCUGGUUGGCCUUCUUGGCUUUCUGAUGCUUGUGGUGAAGCUUUAAGUGGUUGGGUUCCAAGAAAGGCUGAUACUUUUGAGAAAAUCGAUAAGAUUGGACAAGGGACAUACAGUAAUGUGUACAAAGCAAAGGAUAUGUUGACUGGUAAAAUAGUUGCGUUGAAAAAGGUUCGGUUUGACAAUUUGGAGCCAGAGAGUGUGAAGUUUAUGGCAAGAGAGAUUCUUGUGUUGCGGAGACUUGAUCAUCCUAAUGUUGUGAAGUUGGAAGGUUUGGUUACGUCAAGGAUGUCGUGUAGCUUGUACCUUGUAUUUCAAUACAUGGAUCAUGAUUUGGCUGGUCUUGCUUCAAGUCCUGUUGUUAAGUUCGCAGAACCAGAGGUUAAAUGUUUAAUGCGUCAACUGAUAUCUGGUUUGGAGCAUUGCCAUAGUCGUGGUGUGCUUCAUCGUGACAUCAAAGGAUCAAAUCUUCUUAUUGAUGAUGGUGGGGUCCUCAAAAUUGCUGAUUUUGGACUGGCAACAAUUUUUGAUCCAAAUCACAAGCGGCCAAUGACAAGUAGAGUGGUCACAUUAUGGUAUCGAGCUCCAGAGCUUCUGCUUGGGGCUACUGAUUAUGGUGUAGGUAUUGAUCUUUGGAGUGCCGGCUGUAUUUUAGCUGAGCUUUUGGCGGGAAGACCUAUUAUGCCUGGUCGGACAGAGGUUGAGCAGCUCCACAAGAUUUACAAGCUCUGUGGUUCACCAUCAGAGGACUAUUGGAAAAAAGGAAAAUUUACACAUGGAGCCAUAUACAAACCCCGUGAACCAUACAAAAGAAGCAUAAGAGACACAUUUAAAGACUUCCCACCAUCAUCUCUUCCACUAAUUGACACCCUUCUUUCAAUAGAACCAGAAGACCGACAAACUGCAACUGCUGCUUUAAAAAGUGAAUUCUUUACAAGCGAUCCACUUGCCUGUGAACCUGCUGAUCUGCCAAAGUAUCCCCCAAGCAAAGAAAUGGAUGCAAAGCGACGGGAUGAAGAAACUCGAAGACAAAGAGCUGCUAGUAAAGCCCAAGGGGAUGGUGCAAGGAAGAAUCGGCACAGAGAUCGUUCAAGUCGAGCACUUCCAGCUCCUGAAGCUAAUGCAGAACUUCAGUCAAAUGUCGAUCAGAGAAGGAGAUUAAUUACACACGCAAACGCAAAGAGCAAGAGCGAGAAGUUUCCGCCACCACACCAAGAUGGUGGAGCAAUGGGGGUACCAUUGGGUGCCUCACAGCAUAUAGACCCGACAUUUGUCCCACGAGACAUGGUCCCAUCCUUCACCUCCUCUUCUUUCAAUUUUUCCAAAGACGAACCACCAACACAAGUCCAGACAUGGUCAGGUCCUCUGGGUCAUCCAAUCACAGGCAUUUCGAGAAAGAAAAAAGAAAAUACCAAAAGCAGCAAAGGAAAGAGAGCAGUAGUGGCUUAAGAAGAAAGUGUUUACUACUUCAUGUAUAACAAUGUAAGUGUUUACUCUCUAUUCUUUGUGGCUUCCUGAAGGAAAAAAAAUGUUUUAUUCUUUUCAAAUUUGCGUAGACUGUCAUGUAUUUAUAACUAUAUAUUUAUUAUAUAUAUACACUACUUCUUUUGUUGUUCUUA